GCCGUCCUGGAUUUUGACAUUUAAACUUAACACGUCAGGCGGCCCGUAAAUUUCAUUUUGUUUACCCUUUCCAAAGUAAUUUAAAAUGAACCAAUAGACUUAAACGACCUAUUUUUAUACUUAAAACACAACCAAUUCAUUGAAAGUCGCAAUGGGUAUGUUAUUUAGUUACUUUAAAAGCCUCCUUGGCACAAGGGAGAUGAGGAUUUUGAUAUUAGGGCUUGAUGGGGCAGGAAAAACAACAAUUUUAUACAGACUACAAGUGGGUGAAGUUGUUACUACGAUACCCACGAUAGGAUUUAAUGUUGAACAAGUUACAUAUAAAAAUCUUAAGUUUCAAGUUUGGGAUUUGGGGGGACAAACUAGCAUAAGGCCAUAUUGGAGGUGUUAUUAUAGCAAUACAGAUGCUAUUAUUUAUGUAGUUGAUUCAGCAGAUAAGGAAAGAAUGGGAAUAUCAAAAGAUGAAUUAUUUCAUAUGUUAAGGGAAGAAGAACUAAAUGAUGCUAUUCUGGUUGUGUUAGCGAAUAAACAGGACAUUCCAGGGUGUAUGUCGCUGAAGGACGUGCAUCAAGCUCUGGGCCUGGAAGCACUGAAAAACCGCACUUUCCAAAUAUUUAAAACGUCGGCAACUAAAGGGGAAGGUCUGGAUAUGGCAAUGGAGUGGCUGGCAAACGCUUUGAAGAAUCGUAAAUAACAUUUCACCGUAUCAUUCGCCUCUAGUCUACACACAAUUUUCAGUUUUUUCAUUUGUAAGAUAUUGCCUUAUUUUUUUUCAAAAUCAACUACUAAAAUUAUUUUAUUAUAAUUGAAUGAAUGAAUGAGUAUGUGCUUAAUAAUAAAUAAUAAUAAUAAGUGUUUUUUGUGUUUUCUGCGAAGUAUUCUGUAUAUUUU